AUGCGUGUCGGGAUCUUUGGCGGCCGUUUACGAGGCGCCUAUAAAACUUGCGACAAUGUCGUCUGGCUCAUGCUAAAAGAAGACUUAUCUAUUUCAUAUAUGCCUCAGGGUUCCAACUCUUCGACUAAAAUGCCGAUUCCUGUGAACUUUCCUACUGCUGUGGCUGUAGAAAAUAAAGUAUUUGUUUUAGGUGGUCAAAAUUCCGAUAACCAAACGGUUAAAGUUGUUCAGGUAUUUCACGUUAUUAUAUUAAAUUGA